GCGACGACGGCACGGCGCAGGGCGGUAAACAAGAUGGCGGCGGCGUGUCGGUCCAGGAAAGGGGAGGCGGCUCACGGCGUCCGCGAGUGAGGCGCGAGCCGCCGAGGGCGGCGCCGGCGUGGAGUUUUCGCUCGCGGGCAGCAUCUUUCUGCCCGGAGUUCGAUUCCCCCCUCGCCGCUCCGGCCUCCUGCCUGUCGUGCGGCGGCUAGGCGGCGAGGGGGACGCGCCGCCCGGGGUGAUUUUUCUUCUGUGGGUCUCCGGAAGAUUCCCUGCCCCGACUUCGGUGUCCCGGUGUCCCGCGUCCGGGUGGAGUCCGCGCCCGGGGAAGUCUCGGAACUAAGGGGCCGCGCGCGGCGUCGGCGCGGGCCGGACAUGGACGGCGCGGACCGGCCUCGGCGCGGCCGCCUGGGCCCCUGAGCGCGGGGCCCUGGUGGCGACCAUGACCUAGCGGCCCGCGCGCCGCGACGGCGGACCGUCGCCUCCGUCGGAAGCAGCGUCCCCGGGGACCCGAAUUGGGGGGACGCGAGGGUUGGGGGGGCUCGUUGCUUUUUCUCAUUCUUAUUUUCGUUACUUUCCCUCCUUGAACAUCUCCAAGAAAGGGGGGGAAAUCAAAAGUGAAGAAUUGGCUCCCACGAAGGGGACGUGGACCCGGUUAGGGGACCGGGAGGGUUGCGGAAUCGUUCCCUUUUUUUUUUUCUUUUUUUCUUUUUGAACAUUUGGAAGAAGCGGGAGGGAGGGUUUCGAACUUGAAAAGAAUUGGCGCCCCCAAAGGGGACGAGGACAAGGACUGGGCCAGAAUGGACGUGGCAGAUCCCCAGCCGCUGGGCCUGUUCCCCGAGGGCGAGCUGAUGUCGGUGGGCAUGGACACCUUCAUCCACCGCAUCGACUCCACCGAGGUGAUCUACCAGCCGCGCCGCAAGCGCGCCAAGCUCAUCGGCAAGUACCUGAUGGGGGACCUGCUCGGGGAGGGCUCGUACGGCAAGGUGAAGGAGGUGCUGGACUCCGAGACCUUGUGCCGCAGGGCGGUCAAGAUCCUCAAGAAGAAAAAGCUGCGCAGGAUCCCCAAUGGCGAGGCCAACGUCAAGAAGGAGAUCCAGCUGCUGCGGCGGCUGCGGCACCGGAAUGUGAUCCAGCUUGUGGACGUGCUGUACAAUGAGGAGAAGCAGAAGAUGUAUAUGGUGAUGGAGUAUUGCGUGUGUGGCAUGCAGGAGAUGCUGGACAGUGUGCCGGAGAAGCGCUUCCCUGUGUGCCAAGCCCAUGGGUACUUCCGCCAGCUGAUUGACGGCCUGGAGUACCUACACAGCCAGGGCAUUGUUCACAAGGACAUCAAGCCGGGCAACCUGCUGCUCACCACCAACGGCACGCUCAAGAUCUCCGACCUGGGUGUUGCCGAGGCCCUGCACCCUUUCGCUGUGGAUGACACCUGCCGGACAAGCCAGGGCUCCCCAGCCUUCCAGCCACCAGAGAUCGCCAACGGACUGGACACCUUCUCAGGUUUCAAGGUGGACAUCUGGUCGGCUGGGGUCACACUCUACAACAUCACCACGGGCCUGUACCCAUUCGAGGGGGACAAUAUCUACAAGCUGUUUGAGAACAUCGGGAGAGGGGACUUCACCAUCCCUUGUGACUGCGGCCCGCCACUCUCUGACCUACUCCGAGGGAUGUUGGAGUACGAGCCAGCCAAGAGGUUCUCCAUCCGACAGAUUAGGCAGCACAGCUGGUUCAGGAAGAAACACCCGCUGGCUGAGGCGCUGGUGCCUAUCCCCCCGAGCCCAGACACGAAGGACCGCUGGCGCAGUAUGACCGUGGUUCCCUACCUGGAGGACCUUCAUGGCCGAGCAGAAGAGGAGGAGGAGGAGGCGGACUUGUUUGACAUGGAGGACGGCAUCAUCUAUACCCAGGACUUCACAGUGCCUGGUGCCGAGGAGGCGUCCGAGUCAGGGCUUAGCGAGGACGCAUGCGACACACGCAUGUGGAAGAGCCAGGGCGCAGGCCCCCCUGGAGAGGAGCCUGAGGAGGGGCUCAGGGCCUUAGUGUAGCUGCCGCCCCAUGCCUGCCAUAAAGCUUUGCCACUGUGUCUGCAGGUGGAUGCUUGCCGCGACUGCCCCUCCCCACCGCUGUCCCGGCAGGCUGCCCAGCAGGGUACCAGAGAGCAGGCCAGGCCCUCAGCACCAAGGUGACCACUGGCCAGCGCUCUCGGGGCCUUUGUCCCUGUGCCCCUCAGGCCAGUCCCACUGGUAGGCCACUCCUGGCCUGUCAAACAGCUGUGUGAAGGAGGGUGAGGACCCUGGGCUCCUCGUGUCCCUGUAGCAAUUGAGGAUUCUGAGAGCAGUGCCUCAGAAUCUGGAAUACCUGCUGGGUGCCAGGUGGGACCCACAGGACAUGUGUAUACCUGAUGUCCACCUGGAGCCUUUCCGAGGCUGUGGCCAUAGGCUGGGCUCCGAGCUGAGAGCUGGUGCCUGCAAGGCCCUCUUCAUGUGGGCCCCUCAACUGGGGAGGAGGAGCGCUUAGAAGGCUGCUGACCGCAGGGGACACCCUUGGGGCUGCUGAGGUUUGAAGGAAGGCAAGGGACACUGCCUUGUGUCUGGGUGGCCAUGGGUCCCCUGUGUCACCUGGGAUAGUGACGUACAGAGCAAGAUUGUGGUUCCGCCUGCAGCGACAGUGCAGGCAGCUUUGUACCCAGUGCCUUGUGUGGAGAUGGGGAGGGAUUUCCUGCUGCCGGGUCUGCCCAACCUCU